UACACAAUGUUAUGGGCCGAUGAUUUCAAAGGAUUCUUCUUUAUGGGCCGAUGGAGUUUUGGGCCUUUCUACCACAAUGUUGACGAUCAAAACGACAAAUCAGACCGUGUCUUAUGUUCGGGCAAAAGGAUAAUUCGAAACCUGACGGAGGGAUGUUAGGACAUUCAUAUCCUUGUUUCCAAACGGGAUUACGGUUUAAGGUAACGGCGAUGGCGCCGGAGAAUUACCGGAAACAGAAGAACCCUAGAAUUUUAUGCCUUCAUGGAUUCAGAACCAGUGGUCGGAUUCUCCAAGCGGGUAUAGGUAAAUGGCCGGACACAAUUCUCCGAGAUCUCGACCUCGAUUUCCUUGACGCUCCUUUUCCGGCCACCGGAAAAUCUGACGUCGAGCGUUUCUUUGAUCCGCCGUAUUACGAGUGGUACCAGGCUAACAAGGGGUUUAAGGAAUAUAAGAAUUUUGAAGAGUGUUUGGCUUAUAUAGAGGACUACGUGAUAAAGAAUGGACCUUUUGAUGGUCUUCUUGGUUUCUCACAGGGAGCUUUUCUAACUGCGGCUAUUCCGGGAAUGCAAGAACAGGGAACUGCUCUAACUAAGGUGCCAAAAGUCAAGUUUUUAGUUAUAAUAUCUGGAGCAAAAAUUCCAGGGUUGAUGUUUGGGAAGCCAAAAGCUGCUGUUAACGCAUUCUCAUCUCCAGUUCGUUGCCCGUCACUCCACUUCAUAGGUGAGAGGGAUUUCUUGAAGACAGAAGGUGAAGUUCUUGUAGAAUCAUUUGUAGAGCCAAUGGUGAUCCAUCAUUCAGGUGGACACAUUAUACCGAAACUUGAUACUGAAGCUGAGGAGACAGUCUUGAGUUUCUUCCAGAGGAUUAGGCAGAUGCGUUCUGAUGAAUCAGCUCCUGUAAGAAGCUUGAUGUGAUUGAGAGCUACUCCAAUAUGGUUUACUUUAGAUUAGGUGAUGUGGCAAAUUUAAAAAUUGUGAGAUGUGAUUAUUCUUUUGGAUUUGUUUGUCUGGUUUAGUCUUUAAUCCAGGGACAAUUCAAUAAACGUAAAUAAUUAAAUUUACCAACCAAAAUGGAUGUGCUCGUUCUUGUAAUUAAAAUUUGUAGAGAACAACAAAAGAUGAUCAAAUGUUUUGCUACCUUUUGAUA